CUGAUUCUGUGUUUGCACCGAAGAGGUGUUUUGCUUCUCUGUGGAAACCGUGACAUGAGAAUUUUUACCUCUGUAAAGCCCUGUGGAAACGACCAAGCGUUAAGAAAUGUCGUUUAAGAACUAUCCUGCGCGUGGAGGCUCUGUUAGACACCUUUCAAGCUUUCCUCAAUAUCAGAGCCUAGCAGAAACAUACGGUUGCUCUGCGGUGCACAAGUCGUUUCUUUCAGAUUACUUUGCUCGGUGCUCUAGCCUUUAUCACCUUGAUUUACUGGGACAUUAUGGUUGUGUAAAUGCCAUAGAAUUCUCAAAUAAUGGCGGAGAAUUCAUUGUUUCAGGUGGUGAUGAUCGUCGUGUUGUGGUAUGGAACAUCGAAAAGUGUGUCUAUGGAACUCAACCUCCAGUGUCAAUGAAGGGAGAACACAAGUCUAACAUUUUCUGUACUGUUUUUGAUAAUGACAACAGGCAUAUUUUUUCAGCAGGCAAUGACAAUCAAGCCCUCAGGCACAAUUUCACAACUGGUGAGACAGUUGGCAUGUACUACCAUGAUGACCCAGUUUAUGGCCUUAAUAUUCACCCAGAGGAUAACAAUGUGUUCUUAACAGCUUCUGAUGAUGGAAAAGUUAUGCUUUGGGACAUAAGGGCAUCUCCAGUUAGUGGUUCUUCCACAUGUAUUGCUCGUCAUGAAUCAGCUUUCCAUGCUGCUGUUUUCAAUCCAGUGGACCCUAGUUUGAUUGCAACAGCUAACUCCAAGAAAGGUGUCCAGCUUUGGGAUGUCAGGGUUCCAAUCAGUUGUUUAAGGCAGUUCAGUUAUGGAGCACCUCAGAUGUGUGCCAUGGGGUUAAAAUGGAACAGGACAGGUGACAUGAUAACUGCCCUUCGUCGCCGCCUUCCUCCAGUUCUUUAUCAUGUUACUCGGUCUUCAGCUGUGGCUGAGUUCCACCACCCCGGCUACAAUAAUGUGUGCACCAUGAAGAGUAAUUGUUUUGCAGGAAGCAAAGAUCAGUUUGUUGUCUCUGGCUCUGAUGACUUCAAUAUUUACAUCUGGGAAGUGCCAGAUGAUUGGGCAGAUCAUGACAAGGUGCUGACUGUUGGUAGGGCAUUCAUGGUACUUCAUGGUCACCGCUCCAUUGUUAACCAAGUUCGCUUCAACCCCGAGACACAUAUGCUCUUAUCAGCAGGAGUAGAAAAAGUGAUAAAGGUAUGGAGUCCUUUCCCAGUGCCAAGAGGGUGUAGUGAGAUGGACACCAGCCAUAAAAGCCGCCGUGAGCUUUAUUCUCAUAGCGAUUACCUAAGUUUUAUUCAGUUUGGUGGCCUACCUCUUAAUCAUGAUGAAUAUGAAAGCAAGUCAACUGCAGAAGACCCUCGUAUGUUAGCUUUCUUUGACUCUUUAAUACAGCGUGAGAAAGAUAAUCUCCACUCUGACUCAGAGGACAGCUUAUUGGAUGAUUUCCACCUUAGUUUUAUCCUUCAGCCUGAUAGCAGUGAAGAGAGUGAUAGUGAUACAACUGAGACCAGCAUGAGCCACCUGCUCCUGAGAGAACUUCUUCAUCGUCCAAGCUCAGAGACACUAGAGGGACGCGCAGCUAUAAACAGUUCAGGACAAGGUGUGCUUAGACGGCUGAGAAAACUCAGGGACACUGUUGUUAUUCGUGAUCUGCUUAAUGCAGGUAGCAGUAGUACAGACAGCGAGGAAGGCAAUCAUGUUAAGGUUGUUGUGCCUACAUUACCUAGUGAUCUUGAGAGUGGUGAGGGCACUACACAAUCUACAGUUCAGUUUAAAAGACACAAACCUCACGCAAAAAGACAAUACAGAUCUCGAAACAGAUCAAGAGAUGUAGAUGAUACCUCUUCAUCAGAAAGUGCUAAUGAAAGUGACUAUACUAAGCAGAAAAUACAAAUAAGAGCUGAUAAGGCCGAUUCUAUUGAAACCAGUAGCAGCAGCAACAGCAGUAGUAGUGGUAGUAGCAGCCACUCAGAGAGAGAUUCCAGGAAGUCAAAGGGAUACAGAGAGAAUACAGAAUCCAGCAGUGAUGAUGCAGAGAUUUGCAAGUUGUCACACAAAAGAAGAAAACUUAACAGGGCAAAUUCAAAGAAUUUAUCUAAUAACCUGAAAACUCAGGGAAAUGAAUGCAGGGCAACUGAGGUCAACACCAAUGGAACCAUAGAGAAUUAUCAACAGCUGGAUGGCAAUAAUGGUGAAGACAGUCAAAAUGCAAACAACAUUUUACAUGGAGAAGGAAUAAUAAAUAGUGAUAGGUGUGAAGCUUCUCAAACAGAUUGCUCUUCAGAUUUGCAUGUGAGUAACCAAACUGUUACCUCUCAUGAGAGCGUCUGGGCAGAUCAUUCCAGUUACAAGCCACGUGGAAACCAAAAAAAGCUCUCAUGAUCAGGGGGAUGAUCAUGAGGAAUCAAGUAGACAAUCCUUUUUCAUGUAAACCCUUCAACUCCCAGGAUCUUGGUGAUAUACUUUUUCUUGGUUUUAAAAAAAAAAAGAAAAAGAAAUUGGGGUUACAAAAGUCACACUCCCUUGUUUGCUGGAUACAUUUUUUAAAUUGCCGGGGGGAGUAACACUAAUGGUUUUGUGAAGUGAAGGAUUAGUGAGAGGCUUGCUGCUUGAUGAACAUCCCAAAGUGUCCAAAUAAGCUUCAGGAAAAUUCAUGAACACAAGUAAAAUGGUCAAGCAUGAAAUAAUAUAUUCAUGAGUGUCCUUAAGAACCUAACAAGUUCUGAACUACUUGUUGAACAAUAAUUGAGUUUCAAAACUUCACUUAUGAGGGUUUAUGAGCUAUGGAUUAUAAGACUAGAUAAACAGUUCCUUCAUUUGAAACCAUUCUCAGGUUUAUCCUCAGGUAGUCAGUCCAUCCAAUGCCUCAAGUUAGUAAAGGUUGCAAUGAUAAGUGAAAGUGGAAUAUAUUGUUCUUUGGAAUCAGGUGGUAAUGUGGGACAAGGAGGCAACUGGUUCUUGUGACUCUUGUCUUAAAACGACUUCCCCUUCUCUUGAUGGGUUGAAAUAAAACAGCUGAUCAGUUACAA